AUGGACAUCACCAAGUUUGUCAACGACUUCCGCGAGUCGGCCUUUCUCCUUGGUGACUAUAGCUCCUACCGCGCCCAAUUGUCGCGACGGCUGCGAAUUGUGCGCAGGAAGCUGGGGCGGGCAACACCCAAGAAUGCCAAAUAUGCUGCAAAGGCGCCAAUCACGGCCGAGGAGAUUGGGAAGAACAUCGAGGCCCUCCACCUCCUCCUGCUUACCUCUGAGCGGGCAUGGGCGCACGCAAUGGCCAUGAAGGCGUCCCACUCCGAAGACAACGCUGACAAGAACAUCACCGGCUCCACCCGCCAGCACAUCGUCUCCCGGCUGCACAAGGCUGUCCAAAACGCCAAGCAGAUCAUAGACCUGGUGUCAGACACGGCUGCGAGUGGGGCAACCGAGACAGACGUGCUGGAAGCUAGGGCAUAUGUAUAUGCUUUGGCAGGCUCUGAGGAGUUCGAGAAGCAGUCCGAGGGCAUCAAGGGCAGCAAUGCGACACCUCAGCGCUGGAACUCUUGUUUGACCAAUUUCUCUGCGGCGCGCAUCAUCUACAGUGCGUUGCUGAAGGCAACCAAGAAGGACCUGUUCAAGGACGUGCUGGCUGGUACAACCGACCCGAGCAUACGAUAUGCAGCCUACCAGAGUCGCAUUCCGCGCACUGUGGGUGUUCCAGCUGUCGCGAGAAAGUUCUUUCCCAAGGACGAUGAACAGCUUCUCCAAGCUGUGCAGCGACUCGACCCCGCGGCUUUGGAAGAGGAGGAGGAGGCAGCUUCAUCUCACUCCCAGAUCACAUGGCGCGGCCGGACGGCAAACGUAGUAGACGCCGCCAUUGGCCAGGCGUUGGCUUCCGUCGAUACCGCCUCUGCCGCCCUGGGCCAAUCCACCAGUUCUUCCACAUCCUCCAAAGAUCGCGCCAACGCAUACGAUGAUAUUCUCAUUGCGAGCCAGGACGCUGUCGACGCAACGCGAAGCGCAAUUGAGGAGUUGGAGAAGGAGGGCGUGGACGAAGGCGAUGCCCGCAUGCAGGACCUCCGCGUGACAAACCUUGCAGUCAACUACGAUUUAAUCUCGUGGAGAAUUGGGCGUAACAGGGUGCUCAUCGGAGCAGACGAUGGCCUCACGUUCCCGCCAAACCCUCCACAGAAGCCACGGCGGCCACGUAAGGAUGGCAAAGAGUGGGCUGAGCGAGAGGAGCCCACUGGCCGGAAACUCGCUAGAUUACGAGAGCGCAUCGCAUUGUAUGAUGCAAUCCUGCAGAGCAUCGACUCGAUCAAGGAGCUUAGGGGUGCGGUGCGUGAUACUGGCUUCGUCUCUGAACUGGAUGGCCAGCGCGCAUACUUUCAGGCACUCAAGUGCCUGAAUCUGUCACACUCAUAUGCAUUCUUGUCGACCCCAAAGCAGGCACUGGCACUUUGCAAUCGAGCAUUCUCGCUAUCAAACCAGGCAGCAUCCGCUCCUCGCUCAGCAGCCGCGUCGCCGUCAAAAGCACCCAAGCUAGAAGUAUCAGAAGAGCAAGCGCAGACGCUCAAGGGACACCUAGAGAAUCUCAACUCGCACUAUCGAGGCGUUGUGGCGCUGUCACAGCUCUCCACCAGUUCAGAGACUGCCUCGAAGCCAGGCUCGACAACUGCAGCGCCGGUGGUCGAGAGACUGAAUGAGUACCCAUCAUCUGGCUCGGUCGACCUCAAGAAUCUGGUAACCUGGCCCCCGAAGCUGAAGCCCGUGCCUGUCAAGCCCUUGUUCUUGGACGUGGCAUGGAACUAUGUCGAAUAUCCGGGACGGGCACCGCAGGUGCAGGAAGUAGAGCCGGAGAAGGUGCAAGUGGAAGAGAAGAAGGCGGAAGUACCACAAGCGAAGAAGGGCUGGUUUUCUUUUGGCAGAUAG